AAGCGGAGGCGAUGAAGAAGAAGGCUGGUUACUGGAAAUGGGAGAAGGAGACGAGGAAGUCAGCUCCGCGUCCUCCUCCUCCAACUCCUCUCUGCUUUCAUCCUACUCCUCCACUCUCCCCUGCUACCUUCUGGAAGAAACAGACAGGGAGGGGGGCUCCUCCAGGACGUUUACUGGACUCAAGAUUUUCUCCAGGAGGAAAGCAAUAGCUAAAUGCGGCCUGCACCAUCUGCCCUGUCAGCCCAGUUCUUCCCUGAGCAGGACCGACCCGGAGCUCAGUCUACGCAGCACUGUGGAUUGGACUGAUUCAGCCUUGUAUGGGGACCACAUCUGGUUUGAGACCAAUGUUUCUGGAGACUAUUGUUAUGUAGGCGAACAACACUGUCUCGCCAGGACGCUGCAAAAGUCAGUGAGUCGUAGGAAGUGUGCAGCCUGUAAGAUUGUUAUCCACGCUAUCUGUCUGGAACAGCUGGAGAAGAUUAAUUUUAGGUGUAAACCAUCAUUCAGAGAAUCAAGCUCGAGGAAUAUUCGGGAGCCUGUCAUGGUGCGCCACCACUGGGUGCAUCGCCGGAGACAAGAGGGGAAAUGUAAACAGUGUGGGAAGGGCUUCCAGCAGAAGUUUUCUUUCCACAGCAAGGAGAUCGUUGCCAUUAGCUGCUCCUGGUGCAAGCAGGCUUACCACAACAAGGUGUCCUGUUUCAUGCUGCAGCAGAUUGAGGAGGCUUGUCCUAUAGGCGCCCACGCUGCACUCAUCGUUCCUCCUACAUGGAUCAUAAAAGUCCGAAGGCAUCAGUCAUCUAUGAAGUCCAGUAAAAAGAAGAAGAGGACCUCGUUCAAAAGGAAAAGCAGCAAAAAAGGAGCCGAGGAAGGACGGGUGUGGAAACCCUUUAUAAUCCGACCGAUCCCCUCACCUCUGAUGAAACCGCUGCUGGUGUUUGUCAACCCCAAGAGUGGAGGAAACCAGGGGGCCAAGAUCCUCCAGACCUUCAUGUGGUAUCUAAACCCCAGACAGGUGUUUGACCUGAGCCAGGGAGGGCCUAAGGAGGGCCUGGAGCUGUACCGUAAAGUCCACAAUCUUAGAAUUCUGGCAUGCGGAGGAGAUGGAACAGUGGGCUGGAUCUUGUCUUGCCUCGAUGAACUGGCGUUGAACCCUCAGCCUCCUGUUGCUGUAUUACCACUGGGGACAGGAAAUGACCUUGCAAGGACCCUCAACUGGGGAGGGGGCUACACGGACGAGCCUUUGUCCAAAAUCCUGUCUCAUGUGGAGGAGGGGACUGUGGUCCAGCUGGACAGAUGGAACCUGCAGAUUGAGCCACACCGUGAUGCCGGGCCAGACCAGGAUGAACAACAAACCGACAAGCUUCCUCUAGAUGUGUUUAACAACUACUUCAGUCUCGGGUUCGAUGCCCAUGUGACGCUGGGGUUCCAUGAGUCAAGAGAAGCCAACCCCGAGAAGUUCAACAGUCGUUUUAGGAAUAAGAUGUUCUAUGCUGGGACUGCUUUCUCAGAUUUCCUGAUGGGAAGUUCCAAAGACCUGUCCAAACAUAUCAAAGUAGUGUGUGAUGGGACAGAUUUAACUUCGAAGGUGCAGGACUUGAAGCUUCAGUGUCUCGUUUUUCUCAACAUUCCCAGGUACUGUGCAGGAACCACACCAUGGGGUAACCCCGGUGAACAUCACGAGUUUGAACCUCAGCGUCAUGAUGAUGGGUACAUCGAGGUGAUUGGCUUCACCAUGACAUCACUGGCUACUCUUCAGGUCGGAGGUCACGGUGAGAGGUUGAAUCAGUGUAGAGAGGUCACCCUGACCACCACCAAACCCCUGCCAGUCCAGGUGGAUGGUGAGCCCUGUAGACUGGCCCCCUCAGUCAUCCGCAUCAGCCUCAGAAACCAGUCCAACAUGGUUCAGAAAACCAAGCGACGCACACCCCUGUCCCACCUGAAUGACCAGCAGCCCAUUCCAGAGAAGCUGAGGAUCCGAGUCAACAGGAUCACCAUGCACGACUACGAGGCUCUGCACUAUGAUAAGGACAAACUUCGACAAGCAUCUAUCCCACUGGGUCUGAUAGUGGUACCUGGUGACAGUGACUUGGAGACCUGCAGAACACACAUUGAGAGCCUGCAGGAGGAGGAAGGGACCAAACCAAAAAUCCUGUCUUCUCAGAGAUUGUCUCCCAAGUGGUGCUUCCUUGACUGUACGACAGCAGAUCGGUUCUACAGGAUAGACCGAGCUCAGGAACAUCUCAACUAUGUCUCGGAGAUCUCCCAGGAGGAGCUCUUCAUCUUGGACCCCGAGUUGGUGGUGAUGGUGACUGUGGGUACCUCCCCGCCUGCUAUGCCCGAACUGAUUAACUCCGUCACCAACCAAGUAAACCAAAGUGAGAGCCCCUCCAGUGAGAUGAAUAACCAAGCUGCCUCCUCUUCCUCAUCCUCAUCCUCACACUCCAGUACCAGAAACUGA